UUUUUUUUUUUUUUUUUUUUUUUUGGGGGGGGGGGGUGGGUUUAAGGGCUGAGAAUGGCUAAAUUUUUAUGGGAUUUGAAGUUUAGAUUGAUAUAUACAAAGUAAGUUUGUUAAAGUUGUAAUCUUUUUUUGUUAUGUAAUCAUAAUAGUUGAAAAGAUUUAAGUGCUUUUUUUCUUUUUUUUUUGGUUCUCUUUGAUUCAAUACAGUGUUUUGUUCAAGCUGUAAUCUUUUUCUGUUAUCUGAACAUAAUAGUUAAAAAAGAUUGGUGCUUUUUUCGGGGUUUUUUUUUUACUCAAUACAGUAUGUUGUUGUUUAAUUUGUAGUCUUUUUCUAUUAUCUAAUCAUAAUAGUUGAAAAAGAUUGGUUAUUUUUUUUUUGUUUUGUUUUUUUACUCAUACACACGGACUAAGUUGUUCAAGUUGUAAUCUUUUUAUGUUAUCUAAUCACAAUAGUUGAUAAAGAUUGGUGCUUUUUUGGGAUUUUUUUUUAUGUCAAUCAAACUGAUUCAUUCAUAUGGAGACGUUGAGUACAUUAGAUGAGUAGUCGCAUGACAUGAGUCACAAGACGAUGAGGAACGACACAAAACAAAAGCAAAGUUAAAGCGAAACAGGCUGCACACAAGAUUUUCUUAGAUGUGGCCAAGGCUGGCUCCAAAUAUGUUCUUAUAUCCCUUUAAAAACACAUUUACUCGUGAUUUAACGAUCAUGUCACAUGACUGAGAUUAUAGGAUGGGAAGUUUGUUUACAGACUCAUCUAUCUUAGCGAUCUGAUGCGGUUUUUGAGACAAGAUGAAGCUAUGAUGACCACAUCUCUUCUAGAAGGAUCAAUGGAAGAUGAAAAGUUAGUAAAAAGGGCUUUGAAGACUUUAGGUGCUAAGAACUUAAACCAGAAAUUAAGCCUAAAAUCCAAUGAUCACUUGAUUAUAAUUUGCUCACACAUGCAUUUUUAUUCAAUUUUUUAGGUUAAUACAUUAAGAGAAUGAAAAGCAAUGCCGAUUUCUCAUUUGUUUAUUUUAUGUUGUGUUUUAUUAAAGAGUUAAAUGCCAUUUUCGUCCUUGAGGUUUGUCAAGUUUUACGAGUUUCGUCCAAAGGCUUGUUUAUAAUAGGAGCAAGCAACAUACCAGAUCUAAUAGAUGCAUUACUUCUAAGGCCUGGUCGGUUUGAUAAGCUACUUUAUGUUGGCGUCACUAUAGACCCGCCUUAUAGAGAAAGGGUAUUGAAAGCAUUGACCCGUAAAUUUAAAUUACACGAAGACGUAUCUCUUUAUUCAAUAGCCAAGAAAUGUCCACCAAACUUUACGGGCGUAGACAUGUAUGCAUUUUGUGUAGACGCUUGGUUCCAUGCUGCAAAGCGCAAGGUUUUAGCAGCCGAUGCAGAUCCAACUAACAUGAAUUAUGUGGUUGUUGAAUAUGAAGAUUUUGUGACGACAUUGCCAUUACUACGUAUUCAAUCGGUUCAUACUAUCAUGGAUGUUAUUGAAAAGGUAAGAGCUUCAUUAAUUGUUAGUUUUCUUUUUUGACUUUCUUUAUUAGUCAUGAAGUUUCUUUGUGACAUUUGUAAAUCGCUUUUAACUCCACAAGCAUUCUCACUCUUUAUGCGAUCAAACGUUGUCAUAUCAUCCGUGUUUUAUAACAUAGUCUGACAUCAAAAUCGGCAUUAUUUUAGAAAAAUGGCACUAUAAACAACUAAAAUUUUUAAAGAAAACAAAAAAAUAUUUUACGAGUACAAAAUAGCUCGACCUAUGGGGAGGCCGAAAUAUCUACUAUAGUAAAAUGUUACGCCUGAUGUCCCAGUUGUAGAAGCCAAACCUGUCUUGGAACAAGAGGUUUUAGAUAUUCCACCAUUGUUGGUCAACCUGAUGAGUACGAACUUACAUGGCAUCUCACUUUUCGUUUUCGGUUCCCAAAGGCCUUUGCCACAAAUGUGGAUUUAUCUGUCCUUGAUGAAAUGAUAGUUCAAACUGAAGACGGCUUUUAAAUGACUUUGGAGAUGCGGGAAGAAACUGCACAUGGCAGGAUUAGGUAUGUGUUAAGAGGAUGGAAAAACUUUAUGUUGCAAGCUGGUUUGGAGAAUGGAGGUCAGUUCAUGCUUCGUUAUGAUAGGAAUCUCAAAAGGUUACUGAUUGCUAACCCCAACGUUUAGGGAAUGUUUGUUUUUUGACGAUAAUACAUGUAGUAAACAAUUAUGCCGGUAGUAAUCAUGUUUUAAAGUUUUUUGGCGUCGUACAAUGUUUGGACAGAAUUGGCGAUUAUUAUGUCUCUACCAUGUAUUUUGUGUGGUACCAUUUUGGAACAUUUAUAAGUAUAUAGUUAUGGUAAUGCUGAGAUUAAUUUUUACGGGUAUCA